CUAUAAGAGUAACCACGCCGGUCUGCUCGCAAUUGACUGCAAGAGCAAUCGUGCAACUGCCGGGAAAGGCUUCGUUUCUUUCAUCCCAUUGCUGUGGCGGAAACCCAUCACUACUACCUUACUAUAUACUCUAAUCGUCGAUAUCGUCGCAAGUUAGUUGCCAAUAUGGAUAUGAGCAGCAUGAACAUGAGUGGCUCGUCGAGCUCGUCCGGCAUGUCAUCGUCGGACAUGUCAAGCAUGCCCAUGGUAUUUACCAACACCCACACUAUGCCUCUGUACUCGACACUGUGGACACCCAGCUCCCGGGGCGGCUAUGCAGGCACCUGUAUCUUUCUCAUCAUCCUCGCCAUCAUCGCUCGCGGUCUCAUCGCGUUCAAAGCAAUCAUGGAGCAGCGCUGGCUCGCUGCCCACCUGCAGCGGCGCUACAUCGUCGUCGCGGGAAAGAACCCCGAAGCUGGACGUAUCGCAUCGGAUCCUGAGGCCAAGACAGCAACUCUGGUGAGCGCCGAAGGGGCGCAGGAAACUGUACGUGUGGUGCAUCGUUACACGCAGGAGGCGUUGCCUUGGCGAUUCAGCGUGGAUCUGCCCCGAGCUCUGAUUGUUCUGUGCAUUACCGGUGUUGCAUAUCUCUUGAUGUUGGGCGUCAUGACGAUGAACGUUGGUUAUUUCUGCUCCAUUCUGGCAGGUACCUUCCUGGGUGAGCUGGCAGUAGGCAGAUACAUCCAGUACAAUCACUGGAACGAGCACUAGAUGCGACCUGGAUGUCGUCUACCUUUCCUUGUCGAUAUUAUUGAUGGAUAUGCAGCUUUUCUGCGGGCGCAGCGGGACUUGGUGCGCUCUCUUGGAGGUUGUUCGGGCUUUUUGAUGACUUUGGUAUUUCUUGACGGGCA